AUGGCUGCAACAGGUCCACAACUUAUACCGCUACCAAAUAUCGAAGGCCCGAAACUCGACCCUUUCGUGCAGAAUAUCGAUAACCACAACUUCGUAUUAGAAAAGCUCCUCGGUGAAGGAUGCCACUCAGCUGUUGUACUAGCUUCCAUCGACGGUAUACAGUAUGCCGUCAAGUUUUUCAAACCAGAAUGGACUCGCGAGCCUCGCUUCGAUAUGUAUCCCAUGGAAGAGGCUUACACCAUGAAUGGUGUGGCCGUUGGAGGCCCCAACCCUCAGCCCCCAGCCGUCAUGAACCAUCUACGUGGACAAGCAACAUCGUUCAACGCAGAAUGUCGAGUCUACGGCCGUUUGAAAGAACUCGGAAAAGAACAACUGGCUGUCAAAGCUCACGGCUACUUGAAGGUGGUCCUCACACGAGAGUUCCAAGAACAAUGGGAAACGGCAGUCGUAACAAGGUACGCCGAUGAUCAACACCGUCUAUACUGGAUAAACGAAAAACGCAGCGCAGCUAAAGUCUUGGAGAUGGAGGACAACCCUGACCAGCCUGUUUACGCAAUUGUGAAAGAUUACAUCCCGAACCAUCGAGAUACUGAUGGCGAUCCCACCAGAGAAAGGGAGAUGAAACAACGACAAAUAAAGCACAUUCCACAAAUGCUGAGAAAUUUGCAUCAGUUGCAUAAAUGCGGUAUUGUAGUCCGCGACCUCAAAGAUCAGCAAUACUUCGAAGGCCAAAUCGUAGAUUUCAGCCACGCGUGGACCGUCCCGCAUAUCACGGCUCCGGGAAACGAUCUUCGACCUGACUGGGCUUGGAAAAGCAUGGCUGCGUGGGAUCUGCGUUGUUUCCAAACUGAUGGUGGUCAAGCUGAUGGUGGUCAAGUUGAUGGUGGUCAAGAUGGUGGUGCUCAAGUCGAUGCAGGUGACGCUGAUCCAGGCGAUGUGUUGGUGUAG